AUGGACGUGUGGGGCCCGGCCUGCGUCCGUGGACAGGGUCACGAGCGCUACUUCCUGCUGGUGGUUGACGACUACUCGCGUUACACCACAGUCUUCCCCUUGCGCAGCAAGGGUGAUGUCACUGAGGUGUUGAUCGACUGGAUCCGCGCAGCUCGUCUCCAGCUCAGGCAGAGCUUCGGCUCGGACUUUCCUGUUCUGCGUCUGCACUCUGACAGAGGUGGAGAGUUCUCCUCUGGCCUUCUGCGAGCCUACUGUCGUGCACGAGGCAUCCGCCAGACCUUCACGCUUCCGGACUCUCCACAGCAAAAUGGGAUUGCUGAGCGCCGCAUUGGCAUGGUCAUGGACGUCGCCCGUACGUCCAUGAUGCAUGCGGUUGCCCCCCAUUUUCUGUGGCCGUUUGCGGUUCGGUACGCGGCGCAUCAGAUCAACCUUCACCCCAGGGUCUCCAUGCCGGAGACCUCCCCAGCUUUGCUGUGGACGGGGAAGGUUGGCGAUGCGUCUGCGUUCCGUGUCUGGGGAUCUCGGGCGUUUGUCCGCGACUUGUCUGCGGACAAGCUGUCCCCUCGUGCUGCUCCUUGCGUCUUCCUUGGCUUCCCCACUGACGCGCCAGGGUGGCAGUUCUACCACCCCACCUCUCGCCGUGUUCUGUCCUCCCAGGACGUCACGUUUGACGAGUCGGUCCCCUACUACCGUCUCUUCCCCUACCGCACUCCGUCCCUCCCCCCGCCACCGCUCUUCCUUGUGCCAGACGCGGUCGAGCCUGUCGAGGUUACUGGUGACUCUGGUGCUGCUGAGGGUGCUGAGCCUGGGGGUGCUGACUCUGGGGGUGCUGAGCGUGUGGUUGCUACGCCUGGGGGUGCUGAGCCUGGGGGUGCUACUACUGGGGGUGCUGAGCCUGGGGCGGCUGAGCCUGGGGGUGCUACGCCUGGGGGUGCUGAGCCUGGGGGUGCUACGCCUGGAGGUGCUGAGCCUGGGGGUGCGGAGCCUGAGGGAGCUGGGCCUGCUCGUGUCGCGUCUGGCGGUGCUGAGCCUGGAGGUUCUCCGGGUGCUUCGUCUCGUCGGGAGCCACUCUCUCCACAGGAGCUGCGAGAGUGGUUUGCCCGGCGCUGGAGGCGUGCUGCUGGAGCUGGAGGUUCUUCGACUGCUGAGGGUGCUGGUGCCGCGGGUCCCGGAGGUGCUCGUACUGGGAGUACUGGAGCUGCUGGGCCUGCGGGUACGUCUGGAGCUGGAGCUGCUGAGGGUGUUGGCGCUGAGGCUACUGCUGUCGGUCCUGGAGGCGGUCCUGCUGGGGGUGCUACUGGUGCUGCUGGAGGUACUGGAGCUGGAGGUGCUGCUGGCGCUGGUGCUGCCGCUGGGGGUACUGGUGCUGUCCCUGCUGUGUCUGGAGUCGCCGCGCGGCCUCGGCCGUACUUCGUUCCGCUCCUUCAGCAGGUUCUUGGUCUCCCGCCUUCUCCUGGUCCUCCUCCUCCCUUAGAGUGUCCACAGCCUGUCCCGUCCCAGUUACAGUUACAGCCGGCCUCCACACUGCCCGCUCCUUCUCCCUACACUGGUCCUACUGGAGUUCUGGCUGAGCGUCGUGAGCCUGCGUCUCGCCCUGCGUCGCCUGUCCGUCUUGCUCGCACUAGUGGCCGUGGUUCGCGUCAGCGUCCUCCUCCUGUCCCUGGCACGCACCGGAUGUCUCUACGUCCGUCCACUGCUCCUCUGCGUGCCCCUUUGCCUUCUCCUCCUGCGUCCUCUCUUCCUGCUCUUCCCGACCCGGAGUCGGACUCUCUUCGUGCUGCCAGUCCUACUGUCACACGUCUCCUUGCUACUGUCGUCACUGACCCUUCCUUUGAGUCCACUGCUGCGUCUGCCCUAGUUGCUGAGCUUGUCGACUUUGCUGCUCGCUGUCGUCUAGACUACGCUUCUAGUCUUGUCGUUGAGUCUGAGUCUGUCUGUCCUCCGUCCGUCGGGGGUGAGUGUGCCCUUGGCACGGACGUCCUUGAGGACAGGCAGGAGGAGUUCCAGUGCUUGGCUGCUGCUUCACCUCAUCUCGUGUCCGUACUGCUUACCCCUGAGGGAGACCCGGAUGCACUUGACAUCCUGACUCCGCGCUCUUACGCGGAGGCGAUAGAGGGUCCCUACUCCUCUCAGUGGCAGGCAGCUAUGGACACAGAGAUGGCUUCCUGGAAGGUGAAGCGACCGCCGGGUUCUCCGCCUGUCUUCAAGGCGCGUUACGUAGCUCGUGGCUUCAGUCAGCGGCAGGGAGUUGACUACUUUCAGACCUCUCCCACCCCGAAGAUGACCACUCUUCGGGUACUGCUGCACAUAGCUGCUCACCGCGACUACGAGCUGCACUCUCUUGACUUCAGCACUGCUUUCUUGCAGGGCAGCCUGCACGAGGAGAUCUGGCUGCGUCGCCCACCUGGCUUCACUGGGUCUUUUCCUCCUGGCACCCAGUGGAGCCUCCGGCGGCCAGUCUACGGUCUCCGCCAGGCACCGCGUGAGUGGCACGACACACUGAGGACUACACUUGCGGCUCUUGGGUUUGCUCCCUCCACUGCCGACCCGUCGCUGUUUCUGCGCACCGACACUUCUUUGCCGCCGUUCUACAUCCUCGUGUACGUCGACGACUUGGUCUUUGCCACAGCUGACACUGCUGGACUCGCCCACGUGAAGUCCGAGCUGCAGAAGAGACACACGUGCACAGACCUGGGUGAACUGCGCAGCUACCUUGGCUCGCAGAUCACCCGGGACAGAGCACGCCGCACCAUUACCCUGACUCAGUCACACAUGGUGCAGCAGGUCCUUCAGCACUUCGGCUUCACGUACUCCUCGCCUCAGGCCACUCCUCUGCCUACUCGCCACUCGCUCUCAGCUCUGCCUUCGGAUGAGUCCGUAGAGUCGAGUGGCCCGUACCCAGAGCUUGUUGGCUGCCUCAUGUACCUGAUGACCUGCACACGACCUGACCUCGCAUACCCUCUUAGCAUUCUCGCACGCUAUGUUGCUCCUGGGAGACACAGACCGGAGCACAUGGUUGCAGCGAAGAGGGUGUUGCGUUACUUGUGCAGUACGUCGGGCAUGGGGCUUGUGCUUGGAGGGCAGAGUCCAGUGGUCCUCACUGGGCACGCAGACACUUCUUGGGCUGACGACCAGGCUACGCAGCGGUCGUCACAGGGUUACACCUUCAGCCUUGGUUCCGGCUCUGUUUCGUGGCGGGCUACCCGCUCGUCUUCUGUUCUCGGCUCCAUUUGUGAGGCUGAGAUCUACGCCGGGGCCAUGGCUGCACAGGAGCUUCGCUGGCUCACCUACCUGCUGACUGACCUCGGAGAGCCGCCUCGUUCUCCUCCAGUGCUGUACGUAGACAACAAGGCCAUGCUGGCCUUGUGUCGGGAGCAGAGACUGGAGCACAGAACGAAGCACAUUGCUCUCCGCUACUUCCUUGCUCGUGAGCUACAGCAGCGUGGUCAGCUGCGGCUUGCGUACGUGGCCUCUCAGGCCAACAGUGCUGAUAUCUUCACCAAGGCACUUGCGCCUUGUGAUCAUCAGCGCUUCUGUACUCAGCUGGGUCUUGUGCCUACCUUGCCUCACUUGCUCACCCCUUGA